CUCUCGGAGACCCCCCCAUCAGAAUCUGGCAGUAGACUCUUCGUCUCUACUUACCUGCAGGGCUGUUGGGAUCCCAAUCCGGGCAGGUUUAAGGGAAAGGCUGCAUCCACGUCAGCCUGCACAGUUGUCCGGUUGUUUCCUAGAAACAUGAUUGUUUGUUGGACUUGAUCUCACAGCCCAGUGAGGACUUCUUUACUGAUAAUGUCAAGUUCAGGUUAUCCUCCCAACCAAGGAGCUUUCAGCACAGAACAAAGUCGUUAUCCUUCCCAUUCUGUCCAGUAUACCUUUCCCAGCACUCGCCACCAGCAGGAGUUUGCAGUUCCUGACUAUCGCUCUUCUCACCUUGAAGUUAGUCAGGCUUCUCAGCUUUUGCAGCAGCAGCAGCAGCAACAGCAACUUCGAAGACGACCUUCCUUGCUUUCAGAAUUUCACCCAGGUUCUGACAGGCCUCAAGAAAGGCGAACGGGAUAUGAACAGUUUCACCCAGGCCCAUCACCAGUGGAUCACGAGUCCUUGGACUCCAAGCGACCACGUCUGGAACAGGUUUCUGACUCUCAUUUUCAGCGUGUCAGUGCUGCUGUUUUGCCUUUAGUACAUGCACUGCCAGAAGGGCUGAGGUCGUCUACAGACGCCAAGAAGGAUCCAACAUUUGGAGGCAAACAUGAAGCUCCAUCCUCUCCUGUUGCUGGGCACCCCUGUGGAGAUGAUCAGAAUGCUUCACCUUCAAAGCUUUCAAAGGAAGAGUUAAUACAGAGUAUGGAUCGAGUGGAUCGAGAAAUUGCAAAAGUAGAACAACAGAUCCUUAAACUGAAAAAGAAACAACAACAGCUUGAAGAAGAAGCUGCCAAACCUCCCGAGCCAGAGAAGCCUGUGUCUCCUCCUCCUGUGGAGCAGAAGCACCGCAGCAUUGUCCAGAUCAUUUAUGACGAGAACCGGAAAAAAGCAGAAGAAGCUCAUAAAAUUUUUGAAGGUCUUGGUCCAAAAGUUGAGCUGCCACUCUAUAACCAGCCAUCAGAUACCAAGGUGUACCAUGAGAACAUCAAGACUGGAGUACCUGCAAGGCGCAUGAUGAAAAACCAGGUGAUGAGGAAAAAACUCAUUUUAUUUUUUAAAAGAAGAAAUCAUGCAAGAAAACAAAGGGAACAAAAAAUCUGCCAGCGCUAUGAUCAGCUCAUGGAAGCAUGGGAGAAAAAAGUGGACAGAAUAGAAAAUAACCCACGGAGGAAAGCUAAAGAAAGCAAAACAAGGGAGUAUUAUGAGAAGCAGUUUCCAGAGAUUCGAAAACAAAGGGAACAACAAGAAAGAUUUCAAAGAGUUGGGCAGAGGGGAGCUGGUCUUUCAGCCACUAUUGCUAGGAGUGAGCAUGAAAUUUCUGAAAUUAUUGAUGGUCUUUCUGAGCAGGAGAACAAUGAGAAACAAAUGCGCCAGCUCUCUGUGAUCCCACCUAUGAUGUUUGAUGCAGAGCAGAGAAGGGUCAAGUUCAUCAAUAUGAAUGGGCUUAUGGAGGACCCUAUGAAGGUUUAUAAAGAUAGGCAAUUUAUGAAUGUUUGGACUGACCACGAAAAAGAGAUCUUUAAGGACAAGUUUAUUCAGCACCCAAAAAAUUUUGGACUAAUUGCAUCCUACUUGGAACGAAAGAGUGUUCCUGAUUGUGUUUUAUAUUACUAUUUAACCAAGAAAAAUGAAAAUUAUAAAGCCCUAGUAAGAAGGAAUUAUGGAAAACGCAGAGGCAGAAAUCAGCAGCAAAUUGCUCGUCCCUCACAAGAAGAAAAAAUAGAGGAAAAGGAAGAGGAUAAAGCAGAAAAAAUGGAAAAAAAAGAAGAGGAAAAGAAAGAUGAAGAAGAAAAAGAUGAGAAAGAGGACUCUAAGGAAACUACCAAGGAAAAAGAUAAGACAGAAGGCCCAACAGAAGAAACUGAGGAGAGAGAGCAGACUACUCCCCGGGGGCGAAAGACUGCCAAUAGCCAAGGCCGUCGGAAGGGCCGCAUCACCAGGUCCAUGACCAGUGAAGCUGCAGCCGCCAGUGCUGCUGCUGCAGCUGCCUCUGAAGAACCACCCCCACCGCUUCCACCACCACCCGAACCUGUUUCCACAGAGCCUGUGGAGACCUCUCGAUGGACAGAAGAAGAAAUGGAAGUUGCUAAGAAAGGCCUUGUAGAGCACGGUCGUAAUUGGGCAGCAAUCGCCAAAAUGGUGGGAACUAAAAGUGAAGCUCAGUGCAAAAACUUCUAUUUUAACUAUAAAAGACGGCACAAUCUCGACAACCUCCUGCAGCAACAUAAACAGAAAACCUCACGAAAACCUCGGGAAGAGCGAGAUGUGUCUCAAUGUGAAAGUGUGGCUUCAACUGUUUCUGCUCAGGAGGAUGAAGACAUUGAAGCUUCCAAUGAAGAAGAAAAUCCCGAAGACAGUGAAGGUGCUGAAAAUAGUUCUGAUACAGAAAGUGCUCCUUCUCCUUCACCAGUUGAAGCUGCCAAGCCCAGUGAAGACAGCAGUGAAAAUACUGCUUCGCGAGAAAACACCGAGCCUGUGGCUGAGCUUGAGUCCACCACUGACCCUGCACCCUGUGCAUCUCCCUCUUCAGCAGUUCCAACCACAAAGCCAGCUGACAGUGAAAGUGUGGAGCCCCAGGUGAAUGACAGCACCAGUGUUGAUGCAGCAGAGCCAAUGACUGUAGAAGACCCUGAGGACCGUGGUACUGAAGCAAGUUCUGUCCUUGAUCCCCCAACCACUACCAAAGCCGACUCUGUGGAUAUUGAAAUGCAGGUGCCAGAGAGUAGUGCAUCUAAAGAUGAAGGAGAUACCAAAGAAAGAGACUUGGAGAGAGCCAGUGAAAAGACAGAUACUGGAAAUGAGGGUUUGGUGGCUGCUCAGCAGAUAAAUGCCCUAAGGCCUGAGCCCCAGUCAGACAAUGAUUCUAGUGCCACAUGCAGUGCUGAUGAAGAUGUGGAUGGAGAGCCUGAGAGGCAGAGGAUGUUUCCUAUGGAUGCAAAGCCUUCAUUGUUAAAUCCCACUGCAUCUAUAGUAGUUUCAUCCCCAAUUAAACCAAAUCCACUGGACCUGCCACAGCUUCAACAUCGAGCUGCCGUUAUCCCACCAAUGGUUUCUUGUACCCCAUGUAAUAUACCAAUUGGAACCCCUGUGAGCGGCUAUGCUCUUUACCAGCGACACAUUAAGGCUAUGCAUGAGUCAGCACUCCUAGAGGAGCAGCGACAGAGGCAAGAACAGAUAGAUUUGGAAUGCAGAAGUUCUACAAGUCCUUGUGGCACUUCUAAGAGUCCAAACAGAGAGUGGGAAGGAAAAUCAGUCGCCUAUAUGCCUUAUGCUGAGGUCAAACGUGCUAUAGAACAGGAAGCACAGAUGCACUGUGCCGCAGCAAGGUCAGCCUCACCGUGUAGGCUCUCUCCAAGAGAAGUCAGUAAAGCUGCUCCACAGCCUGAUAUGAGUACAGCCCGCUGUAGUGUCCCUCCAGUCCUCCAACCUGCUCCACAUCAAGUAAUAACCAAUCUCCCUGAAGGGGGUCGGCUCCCAACAACUCGACCAACCAGGCCACCACCUCCUCUCAUCCCGUCAUCUAAAACCACAGUGGCUUCAGAAAAACCAUCUUUUAUAAUGGGAGGCUCUAUCUCACAGGGAACUCCUGGCACUUAUUUGACAUCUCAUAAUCAGGCUUCUUAUUCUCAAGAAGCAGCUAAGCCCUCAGUUGGUUCUAUUUCUCUUGGACUACCAAGGCAGCAGGAACCUACCAAAUCUGCUCCUUUGCCCUACAUCAAGCAAGAAGAAUUUUCUCCCCGAAGCCAAAACUCACAACCUGAGGGUUUGUUGGUCAGGGCACAACAUGAAGGUGUGGUCAGAGGUACUACAGGAGCUAUCCAAGAAGGAAGUAUAACUCGGGGAACUCCAACCAGCAAAAUCUCAGUGGAGAGCAUUUCAUCCCUACGAGGCUCUAUUACUCAGGGGACGCCAGCUCUGUCCCAGGCUGGCAUACCAACUGAAGCUUUGGUGAAGGGAUCUAUUUCUAGAAUGACCGUAGAAGAAAACAGUCCUGAGAAAGUAAGAGAGGAAGCCUCAUCCAAAGGCCAUGUUAUUUAUGAAGGCAAAAGUGGACACAUCUUGUCAUAUGACAAUAUUAAGAAUGCCCGUGAAGGGACUAGGAGUCCAAGAACAACUCAUGACAUCAAUUUAAAAAGAAGUUAUGAAUCAGUAGAGGGAAGUAUAAAGCAAGGGAUGUCAAUGAGGGAGUCUCCUGUAUCAGCACCAUUAGAGGGGCUGAUAUGCCGAGCAUUACCAAGAGGGAGCCCUCAUUCUGACCUCAAAGAAAGGACUGUGCUUUCUGGCUCCAUAAUGCAGGGCACGCCAAGAGCAACAGCUGAAAGCUUUGAAGAUGGCCUUAAAUAUCCCAAACAGAUUAAAAGGGAAAGUCCUCCUAUCAGAGCAUUUGAAGGUUCCAUUGCCAAAGGGAAGCCAUAUGAUAGUGUAACCACCAUCAAAGAAAUGGGCCGUUCUAUUCAUGAGAUUCCUCGGCAAGAUAUCCUAACUCAGGAAAGUCGAAAAACUCCAGAAGUAGUCCAGAGCACAAGGCCAAUAAUUGAGGGUUCCAUUUCCCAGGGUACACCAGUAAAGUUUGACAGUAACUCAGGUCAAUCUGCCAUCAAACACAAUGUCAAAUCCUUAAUUACGGGGCCUAGUAAACUACCCCGUGGAAUGUCGCCACUGGAAAUUGUACCUGAGAACAUAAAAGUUGUAGAACGGGGAAAAUAUGAGGACGUGAAAACAGGAGAACCAGUACGCCCCCGACACACGUCAGUGGUGAGCUCUGGCCCUUCCGUCCUCAGGUCCACCCUUCAUGAAGCUCCCAAAGCACAGCUGAGCCCAGGAAUUUAUGAUGACACCAGCGCUCGUAGGACCCCUGUGAGUUACCAAAGCACUAUAUCUCGAGGCUCACCCAUGAUGAACAGAACUUCUGAUGUUACAAUUUCUUCCAGCAAGUCUACCAAUCAUGAAAGAAAAUCAACACUGACCCCAACCCAAAGGGAAAGUAUUCCAGCCAAGUCUCCAGUACCUGGGGUAGAUCCUGUUGUGAGUCACAGCCCAUUUGAUCCUCAUCACAGGGGCAGCACUGCAGGAGAGGUUUAUCGAAGCCACCUUCCUACACACUUGGAUCCAGCCAUGCCCUUUCAUAGGGCUUUGGAUCCUGCAGCUGCUGCUUACCUGUUCCAGAGACAGCUUUCACCAACUCCAGGCUACCCAAGUCAGUACCAACUUUAUGCAAUGGAGAACACAAGACAGACAAUCCUAAAUGAUUACAUUACCUCACAGCAGAUGCAAGUGAACUUGCGCCCUGAUGUGGCCAGAGGACUGUCCCCACGAGAGCAACCACUGGGUCUACCUUACCCAACAACAAGAGGAAUCAUUGACCUGACCAACAUGCCGCCAACAAUUUUAGUGCCUCAUGCAGGGGGAACAAGUACUCCCCCUAUGGACAGAAUCACUUAUAUUCCUGGUACCCAGAUUACUUUCCCUCCCAGGCCGUACAGCUCUGCUUCUAUGUCUCCAGGACAUCCAACACACCUUGCAGCAGCUGCCAGUGCUGAGCGGGAGCGGGAGCGAGAGCGAGAGAAGGAGCGGGAGCGGGAGAGGGAGAGGGAGAGGGAGCGCAUCGCAGCAUCCUCCUCUGACCUCUACCUGCGGCCAGGCUCUGAACAGCCAGGCCGUCCUGGCAGCCAUGGAUAUGUUCGCUCCCCUUCCCCUUCAGUGAGAACUCAGGAGACCAUGUUGCAACAGAGACCCAGUGUUUUCCAGGGAACCAAUGGAACCAGUGUAAUCACACCUUUGGAUCCAACUGCUCAGCUACGAAUCAUGCCACUGCCUGCUGGGGGUCCUUCAUUAAGCCAAGGCCUGCCAGCCUCGCGUUAUAACACUGCUGCGGAUGCCCUGGCUGCUCUUGUGGACGCUGCAGCUUCUGCACCCCAGAUGGAUGUUUCCAAAACAAAAGAGAGUAAGCAUGAAGCUGCCAGGUUAGAAGAAAAUUUGAGAAGCAGGUCAGCAGCAGUUAGUGAGCAGCAGCAGCUAGAGCAGAAAACCCUCGAGGUGGAGAAGAGAUCUGUUCAGUGUCUGUACACUUCUUCAGCCCUUCCAAGUGGCAAGCCCCAGCCUCAUGCCUCAGUAGUGUAUUCCGAGGCUGGGAAAGAUAAAGGGCCUCCUCCAAAAUCCAGAUAUGAGGAAGAGCUAAGAACCCGAGGGAAGACUACCAUUACUGCAGCUAACUUCAUAGACGUGAUCAUCACCCGGCAAAUUGCCUCGGACAAGGAUGCAAGGGAACGUGGCUCUCAAAGUUCAGACUCUUCUAGUAGCUUAUCUUCUCACAGGUAUGAAGCACCUAGUGAUGCUAUUGAGGUGAUAAGCCCUGCCAGCUCACCUGCACCACCUCAGGAAAAACUGCAGGCCUAUCAGCCAGAGGUUGUUAAGACAAAUCAAGCAGAAAAUGACCCAACCAGACAGUAUGAAGGACCAUUGCAUCACUAUCGACCUCAACAAGAAUCACCAUCUCCACAGCAACAGCCACCCCCAGCCACCCAGGCAGAGGGAAUGGGGCAAGUGCCUAGAACCCAUCGGCUCAUUACACUUGCUGAUCAUAUCUGCCAAAUUAUCACACAAGAUUUUGCUAGAAAUCAAGUUUCCGCACAGUCUCCCCAGCAGCCUCCUACUUCUACAUUCCAAAAUUCACCAUCUGCUUUGGCAUCAACACCCAUAAGAACUAAAACAUCCAGUCGCUAUAGCCCAGAAUCCCAGUCCCAGACUGUCCUGCAUCAGCGACCAGGUCCCAGAGUCUCUCCAGAAAAUCUUGUGGAUAAAUCCCGGGGAAGCAGGCCUGGAAAAUCUCCAGAGAGGAGUCACAUCCCAUCAGAAUCCUAUGAGCCCAUCUCCCCACCCCAGGUUCCAAUUGUACAGGAGAAGCAGGACAGCAUGUUGCUCCUGUCCCAGAGGGGAGUAGAGCCUGCGGAGCAGAGGAAUGAUUCUCGCUCACCAGGAAGUAUAAGCUACUUGCCUUCAUUCUUCACCAAGCUUGAAAGCACGUCACCCAUGGUUAAAUCAAAGAAGCAGGAAAUUUUUCGUAAGUUGAACUCUUCUGGUGGAGGUGACUCUGAUAUGGCAGCUGCUCAGCCAGGAACUGAGAUCUUCAAUCUGCCAGCAGUUACUACAUCAGGCUCAGUUAGUUCUAGAAGCCAUUCAUUUGCGGAUCCUGCCAGUAAUCUCGGCCUAGAAGAUAUCAUCAGGAAAGCUCUCAUGGGAAGCUUUGAUGAUAAAGUUGAGGAUCAUGGAGUUGUCAUGUCUCAGCCUGUGGGAGUUGUGCCUGGCAGUGCCAGCACCUCGGUUGUGACCAGCAGUGAGACACGAAGAGAUGAAGGGGACCCAUCACCUCAUUCAGGAGUUUGCAAACCAAAGCUAAUCAACAAAUCAAACAGCAGGAAGUCUAAAUCUCCUAUUCCUGGGCAAGGAUACUUAGGAACUGAACGGCCCUCUUCUGUGUCCUCUGUACAUUCAGAAGGGGAUUACCACAGACAGACUCCAGGGUGGGCCUGGGAAGAUAGGCCCUCUUCUACAGGUUCAACUCAGUUUCCUUAUAACCCCCUGACCAUGCGGAUGCUCAGCAGUACACCUCCCACACCGAUUGCAUGUGCCCCAUCCGCCGUGAACCAAGUAGCUCCCCAUCAGCAGAACCGGAUCUGGGAGCGGGAACCUGCCCCACUCCUCUCUGCACAAUAUGAGACACUGUCCGAUAGCGAUGACUGAACUGCACAGUGGAUAGUGUGGGAGGAAGUUCUGGCUUUUGGUGGUUUUUAAUUACAGGACAAAAAUCUGCCCUCAUGUCUUGUGCCCAGAGACUUUUCAGGAGAGCCAGGGCAACGGAUGAAGAAGAAAUGAUGGAAGAAACUCAUCUGGAAAGUCAUAGGGUAGUACUACCUUUAAUAGUCAAUUCAAUGGAUUACAUCAGAGGGUUGAAAUGUAGUUUUAUAAAAAGUGGACAAUUCCUGUUCUUACAUCUAUUUGUAAAAAAAAAAAAAACAAAAAAACCAUAAUGUCUUUAAAUCACUCUUCUGUAAAUAGAUGACCUUUUUGCAGUGUAUCCCCUUGCUGUAGUAUCUGGUGUACUUACAUUCAAAUCAGCACAUCAAUAGUGGGGGUAAUUUAAAAAAAAAAAACAAAAAACCUGCCUAUCUUUUUAACCCUA